GUUGGAGGCGGCGGCGGCGUCCUCCGCUUUGUCCCGGGCCGAGCCCGGCCGCUCCUGGCCCGCCUGAGCCGGGCGGAGAGAGAGCGGGAGCGAGAGCGAGCGAGGCGGGACGUGGACGCGGCGCCGGAGGGAGAGCGAGCCGGGCGGGCGGGCGGGCGGGCUCCUGGUGCUGCCCUCUCGGCCGUCCUCCUGCUCCCGGCCGCCGGCCAUGUCGUCCAUCCUGCCCUUCACGCCGCCCAUCGUGAAGCGGCUGCUGGGCUGGAAGAAGGGCGAGCAGAACGGGCAGGAGGAGAAGUGGUGCGAGAAGGCGGUCAAGAGCCUCGUCAAGAAGCUCAAGAAGACCGGCCAGCUGGACGAGCUGGAGAAGGCCAUCACCACGCAGAGCGCCGCCACCAAGUGCAUCACCAUCCCCAGGUCGCUGGAUGGCCGGCUACAAGUCUCCCAUCGAAAGGGACUCCCGCACGUCAUCUAUUGCCGGCUGUGGCGGUGGCCAGACCUCCACAGCCACCACGAACUGCGCGCCAUGGAAAUGUGCGAAUACGCCUUCAACAUGAAGAAGGACGAAGUCUGCGUGAACCCCUAUCACUACCAAAGAGUGGAAACGCCAGUAUUACCUCCGGUUUUGGUCCCACGACACGCGGAAAUUCCGGCCGAAUUCCCUCCGCUCGACGACUACAGCCAUUCCAUUCCCGAGAACACGAAUUUCCCCGCUGGCAUCGAGCCCCAGAGCAACUACAUUCCAGAGACACCGCCUCCCGGAUAUCUGAGCGAGGAUGGAGAAACCAGUGACCAUCAAAUGAACCACGGUUUAGAUGCAGGUUCUCCAAAUUUAUCUCCGAAUCCGAUGUCUCCUGCACACAGUAAUCUGGAUCUCCAGCCAGUCACCUACUGUGAACCGGCCUUCUGGUGCUCCAUUUCCUAUUAUGAGCUCAACCAGCGAGUGGGAGAGACUUUCCACGCCUCUCAGCCCUCAAUGACUGUGGAUGGUUUCACGGACCCAUCAAAUUCGGAGCGCUUCUGCCUCGGCCUGCUUUCCAAUGUCAACCGCAAUGCAGCUGUGGAGCUGACCAGGCGGCACAUUGGGAGAGGAGUGAGACUGUAUUACAUUGGAGGGGAAGUUUUUGCGGAGUGCCUUAGUGACAGUGCCAUAUUUGUCCAGUCCCCCAACUGCAACCAGCGUUACGGCUGGCACCCAGCUACCGUGUGCAAGAUACCGCCAGGGUGUAACUUGAAGAUAUUUAACAAUCAAGAAUUUGCAGCCCUCCUGGCUCAGUCAGUCAACCAGGGUUUCGAGGCCGUCUACCAGUUGACGCGCAUGUGCACCAUCCGGAUGAGCUUCGUCAAGGGCUGGGGGGCCGAGUACAGGCGCCAGACCGUCACGAGCACGCCCUGCUGGAUCGAGCUCCAUCUGAACGGCCCCUUGCAGUGGCUGGAUAAGGUCUUGACGCAGAUGGGGUCCCCGAGCAUCCGUUGCUCCAGCAUGUCUUAAAAGGAUGAGGAAAAGUGGAAGCAGGUCAAGUCUUGAGUAGGGACAAAAGAGGUCAGCCUCUCUUUGGUAUUGUACAGAAACAGAACAAAACAGAAGGAAAACGAACCUGUAGGGUAGCGGCUGUGUCCUUCCAAGGCCCAGCCGUUUCCUUCUUCUGUUCGGUGAAAGAUUUCGUUUGAUAUCCUUGACCGGAGCAGAGACUUCGUGGGUUCAGAGGAGCCACCCAAAAGCUUUGAGACGCCCAGGUGGGGCCUCGGCUCCGUUGGCAGCUUGGCUGUCUAAUUUAGGACAAGGCAGGCUGUGGCUGAUGGGCUUUGCGAGACAGGGUGGCCCUUGGCAGCCAUUCUUGGGAGGGUAGAGAGCAAGGAAGCGGUUCUGUCUGCUCCUUGCCCUUCCUCCUUCCUACCUCUUCGUGCGAGGAGUCCCACUUGGCGCCAGGCCCCUGGGGGAGAAGAACCGGGGCAUCUUCUAAUAUUCCUUUUCUGAGCAGCCGCCUGGGCGAUGGUGCGUUUUUCUCUGCCAACCAUUUGGAAGGGGAGAUCUUCCUCUUCAUUUGCAGGCCCGAUGGAUCAGGUGCCAUUAAUGGAAGAGGAAGAGGACUCGGACCCCCAAGGAGAGAGCUGCCUCCUCUCAUACACGGAAACGGACCCUGGGAUGACCCCGCAGCGAAGGCCUCCUGUGUGUUAAAGGCAGGUGUGUCCCCAGCUCAUCCCCCGGCCUUCAGUCCCCCUUGGAAGGUGGUUUCUCCUUUGGACUUGCUUGGAGCCUGCCGCUUCCUCCGUGCUGUCCGGCUGGGCUCAUGAUCUUCUCAAGAACCUCUGAAGGAGGCGACUUUGGGAAAAGCACGCUUGCCUACCCUGCUUCCAAAGCUGCCUCUCGAAAGCAUCAGCUGGAAGGUUUAGGGUUUCCUGCCUAAGCAAGGGGGGUUGGACUAGAAGACCUCCAAGGUCCCUUCCAACUCGG